GACCCCGCGUAUCUUAUCUACCCCUCUCUCUACAUCUGGCAGAAUCACUUCAUGGGCGUACGGAAUGCAUUUGUGGUGUUAUUGUAUUACCAGCUCCCCCGCGCUGUUGCUCACGACUCCUGCUGGAACUUCAGAUAGAUCAUAAAGUCCUCCUUCAACCUUCUCAGCGAAACACAUCUACUGUCUAUACAAUCCCUAGAACUCGCUUCGAACCACAGCUUUGAGUUAAAAUGGCAAGCAGCACGGCAGUCACCAGAGAUUAUGGAAAGAGAACGGCGAUUGUUACGGGAUCUGCAAGGGGAAUUGGCAAGGCCAUUGCAAUUAGGCUGGCUGAGGACGGCUUUGACGUUUGUAUAAAUGAUAUUCCUGCAAAUCAAGCGGGCAUCGACGAGGUGGUUAAAGAGAUCCAGGGCAUGGGUCGAGCAUCCUACGGGCACACCGCAGAUGUGUCCAAGCUCUCUGAGGUCGAAGGUCUAAUUGAGGCUUCAGUCAAGAAUCUAGGAAACUUGAACGUCAUGAUUGCAAAUGCCGGAAUUGCACAGGUUAAGUCGCUAUUAUCACUAUCCGAGGAUGAAGUUCGGAGGAUGUUCGACGUCAAUGUCUUUGGGAUUUUCAAUUGCUACAGCGCUGCUGCAAAGCAGAUGAUUAAACAAGGUGGAGGUGGAAAGAUAAUUGGUGCUGCUAGUAUCGUUGCUUUCAAGCCAUUCGCCAUGCUUUCCCACUACAGUGCUUCAAAGUUUGCCGUGAGAGGUUUCACUCAAGCUUUUGCUAUGGAAAUGGCAGAACAUAAGAUCACUGUCAAUGGGUAUGCGCCGGGCAUAGUUGGAACUGCCAUGUGGGAUUUGAUUGACGAGGAACUGGGAAAGACAAAAGGUGUUGAAAGAGGAGCGACAAUCAAGAAGUAUACUGAUGAACUUAUCUUACUUGGAAGAACGAGCGUUCCAACAGAUGUUGCAAAAUGUGUUAGUUAUCUGGCAAGUCCAGAUAGUGACUAUAUGACAGGGCAGACGUUGAUUAUUGAUGGUGGAAUUGUCAUGAGUUAAUGAUCAGAAGCGCUGUAUCUAUUUUCUCUCCAUAAUAACUAUUAUAUAUUACUUGUUACGACUGUAUAAAUGAACAAGUAUUCCCA